AGAUGCAAUAUCUGUUUAGCCUUUUUGUUUAACAUUUUUUGCCUAUUUACAUCACCUGUGUUGACAUGAGCAGUAAAAACAGGAAUUUACCGAUAAUAAGAAUACCAAUGGCCCUCUACAGGAUUUUGUUUUUGCAGUAAAGCAAAGAUGCAGAAGGAACCCAAAUUCAUAUUGAAGUGUUUCUGUGGUAUGUAUGUAAAGGAUUCUCAGAAAAAAGUGCUCUGUGCGCUACCACAUGUGUUUUCUGUAGCUGAGUGAAAGUCAGCAUUUGUCUUCCCUGGUGAAUUAGAACAGGCCCAAUUGCUGCGCUGAUGUCCAGACAUUAAAUCCUGAACAUAGCUCAGGAUUAGAAGUAACCAGAGUAACGGUUAGUACUGACUCAAAGACAGACCUGUGUCCAGAUCUUUGCGUUCGAGCCGGACCUGUGACCACCGUACCUGUGACGCGGUUGUUCUAUCUACUGUACUGUUUUGCGUCUCCAGACACACAUGCACAUGCUGUUGUGCCAUGUUGAAUAUUUCAUGUUGUAAUAAUGUUAUUGAUCAGUAACUGGAGGCUGAUGUCAAGCCUUCAUCUUCAGCCUCCUGUGUAAAUGUAUAAAUCUAUUUUUUGUAUGUAAGCCUUUCCAAUGAUGAGGAGAAGAUAGUUAUUUUUAUAUAUUGCUAAGGAUGUUUUGUAAGUAUUUUAUACUUUUGAUAUGGUUCUCUGUAAAACAAGAGUAUUAUGUAAAUAUAGUUCUUUAGAAACAAGCUGGUUGUUUGUGAUUUGUUCCUACAGUUGCCUGAGACAAUAAAAACUGUUUAGAAAAGAUAUUUAAAAUAUAUCUGGGGAAAAUGGCAUUAAAUUCUGGGGGGGGAGAUCCAGUAAUACCAUGAUAAACAAUGAGGAUCUGAGGAUAAAAUUGUCUAUACCAAUGUGUCUAUACCAUAUUUGUUCUGGUGUUUUACAAUCACAUCCAUACCCAGGGCUGUGUUUUAUAAGCAAAUAGGUUGGUUCAUCUCAUAUAACAUGUAAUAAUAUUUGAUUAAAAAUUUUAAUAUAGGUAAUGACAGGUUUUUCUGAACUUCAACCUGGUUAACAGGUAAGUCACUGACUCACCAUGUUCAACAGUUUGGUUACCUGUGCUCCACCCCUUGUUGGGGUGUGUGCAGAACGUUUUGUGAGUGUGAUGCUAUGUUUUCUGUCAGGUGUGUCUGUUUCGUCUGUGGCUCUGACUCAUCAAGAUCCCUGCAGAAAUGUUGGGUGAUGCUCUCGGCCUCGCUGCAGUUACUGUCCUGGCUGUCUUGGAGCAAGCCUAUUUCUCAAUGCAGGUUAUUUAUGCCAGGAGGAAGUACUCUGUAUCACCACCAGUUACGACCGGUCCACCAGAGUUUGAUAGAGUCUUCAGAGCUCAGGUAAACUGCUCAGAAUAUUUCCCAAUCUUCAUCACCCUGCUGUGGAUUUCUGGAAUCUUCUUCAGUCAAGCUCUCUCCUCCCUCUGUGGUCUUCUUUAUUUAUAUGCACGCCUACGUUACUUUAUUGGAUAUUCGCAAUCAUCACAUGGACGUUUGGGUCCGAUUUAUUUAAGUGGUACCUUUCUCUGGAUUCUUAUUGGCUUCUCAUGUCUUGGCAUUGUCAUCUCAUUCAUCCGAGUUUACGUUGGCGUGGACAUUCCACUGGAGAUCGGUAUACCCUUGGCCUUGUCUCAGAGCUCUGCAAGAUUCUGAGGUCAUGGAGAGAGAACAUGUGAAUAAAAGUAACGUCUGCAUCACUGGAGUUUUGUACAGUGAAAUAUGCAGAGUUAUGUCAUGAGUUUAAGAGUUUGUUAGCUUUUACCUGCUUCAUUGGCUAAAACAUGUUCUUUUGUUUUAAGACUGUUGAAAAAGACAUACUGUAGUUUUAAUGAUCAGUUAGCACAAAGCCUCGCCAUCGGAUUUUGAUAAUGAAAGAUUGAUUAAAUAAAAAAAUAUAUAUACUAAAACGUUACUUCAGCCUGCUGUGUGCUUGUUUCAACAACAGGUGGCA